UGCACAGGUGUGUGUGAGUCUGCGUGUGUGUGCGCUCAUGCAUGUGCAGGUCGAUCAGCGAGUGGACAGAGCGUGAUCGUGUGUGUUGCUUCAUUGAUCAUUAGCUGUCGGACUCUCUGGAACCACCAUGGACCCUGGGAAGCGGCUAACAGGUACACUUGCUAUCGCUGUGUUUACAGCAGCUCUGGGCUCUCUGCAGUACGGCUACAGUAUCGGAGUUAUUAAUGCACCACAAAAGGUUAUCGAGAAGCAUUAUGGACGAACGCUGGGAUUGUGGACAGAAAGAUCCUCCGUGGCUGGGGGAAAUGCCACAGAAGAAGAUGAAGCAGAACGUCAUCCGACUGUGGUCAUGUACUGGUCUCUGUCUGUCGCCAUCUUCUCCAUCGGCGGUAUGGUCUCAUCAUUCCUGGUAGGAUUUGUUGGAGACCUGAAGGGGAGGGUAAAGGGCAUGUUAAUGGUCAACGUUCUGGCCGUAGCUGCUGGACUGCUGAUGGGACUGUGCAGGAUGUGGAAACCUCACAUCAUGGUCAUCUCAGGCCGAGCUGUGAUGGGCUUCUACUGUGGUUUGACAUCUGGACUCGUGCCUAUGUACAUUGGAGAGAUCGCCCCUAAAGCCUACAGGGGGGCCCUGGGAGCUUUACACCAGCUGGCAAUUGUCAUCGGCAUCUUGAUCAGCCAGGUGAUAGGUUUGGACUUUGUGCUUGGAAAUGAUGACAUGUGGCCCUUGUUACUCGGCCUAUCUGGAGCUCCAGCCAUCCUGCAGUCCAUUCUGCUGCCUCUGUGCCCUGAGAGCCCACGGUACCUUUACAUUUUACUGGGCAAGGAGCAAGAAGCUCAGAAAACUCUGCAUCGUCUCAGAGGGCCCUAUGACACUACUUCAGACCUGGAGGAAAUGCGCAGGGAAAAAGAGGAGGCGGACAGGGAGCCCAGGGUUUUUAUUCUGUCUUUGAUCCGUUCCACUGUCUACAGACAGCAGCUGUUUGUUGCUCUCAUGAUGCAUCUCUCUCAGCAGUUGUCUGGCAUCAAUGCAAUCUUUUAUUACUCUACAGCCAUCUUUGCUCAGGCUGGUGUCAGUCAACCGGUCUAUGCCACUAUAGGAGUUGGAGUCAUCAACACAGUCUUCACUAUGGUGUCUGUUGCACUGGUGGACAAAGCUGGGAGACGAACGCUGACUCUGGUUGGUCUUGCAGGAAUGUGCUGCUGCACUGUUGUAAUGACAGCCGGCCUCUCCCUCCAGGAUCAGUUUUCCUGGAUGAGCUACGUUAGCAUGACCGCCAUCUUUCUCUUCGUGAGCUUCUUUGAAAUUGGUCCUGGUCCCAUUCCAUGGUUCAUAGUGGCAGAACUGUUCAGCCAGGGACCUCGUCCUGCUGCCAUUGCUCUCGCUGGUUGCUGCAACUGGACCAGCAACUUCAUUAUAGGCAUAACCUUCCCCUACAUACAGGCCUGGCUGGGUUGUUACGUGUUCAUAGUCUUCGCAGUGCUGCUCCUGGGUUUUACAAUUUUCACAUAUCUACGUGUUCCUGAGACCAAGGGAAAAACCUUUAAGGAAAUUGCUGCAGGUUUCCAGAAGGGUCGGAAAGGGAAGGUGUCCCAAACCUCUACAGACGUUAAGGAACUGCAGCAACUCAAAACAUCCACAGAUGCCUAAAAUAACCGACGUGAGUGUGUGUCCAUUCCAUUUGUAUGUGUGUGGAAGGAUAUGCACUGUGAAUACUUCAUUUGUGUUUUUACAGUACAGUAUUAUGAUGAUUCGAGUUGUUUACUAACACAGAAAAUCAUUCUUGUCUCGGACUGACAACACUGUCGUGGAAUGCAGUAUGAUUUUACCAUCUUGUGAACUUUAGAUUAAGGUCCAGAGAUUUCAAGAUAUUGACUGUGCAGUUAUUACUCUUUAAUGACUAGAUUUUCUUUAAAGAUUUAAAACUAAAUAAUACUCGUGUUGUUUUGAGACUUUUUUUAAUUAUCUGAAUUCAUUAAAUAUUUAACAAAAUAACACUGGUUGACAACUACGUAUAUACAAGUAAACAUAAACAAAAUAUAUUUGCACACUUUACUAUCUGUCUACUACAUUCAUAAAAUUACCGUGGUCCCUCUCUAUAUCGUGGUUCUCAUUUUGCUCCCUCAGCACAUCGCAGAUGUUUUUUGCAUUCCAAUUUCGUGAGUGACGGUAAAUAAUUUGUUUUAAAUUUACAAUAUUUUUGUAAAAAAAAAAAAAA